AUGACGUUCAAGUUCAGUGAAUAUUUAAGCGACUUGACAAAGAAAGUGAGCAGAAGCCCACAAGCCAAGGAAGCAGGAGUUUAUAAGUUAAGAUUAUGGGAAAUACUGAAACCAGCAGCAGGGGGAAGUUCUAAAGUCGGAGGAGAAAGAUGGGAUAACAUAUCCACAAGGGGGCACAUCCAAUUAAAAGACACGGCACUGAGGGCCAAAUUAAUAUGUAAAACAUUGGAGAGUUGGGUAAGUAAUCAGGAAGCUCCAGGGACUCUGCCCCAAGAGAAGAAACAAGGAGAGUGCCAAUUAAACCAGCUCGGAUGGAUAAAUGGAAAAAGGAAUGAGAUCACUUGCCCUUAUCAAGAUAACUACGAAGUCUGGACCACGAGGGGAAAAGGCGAGGAGUUGUAUCUGUCUCAACAGGCCGAUAGGACAUUAUUAGUUUGUAUGGAUAUGGUAAGUAUAAUUUUGACGGCUUUUCAGAAUGUAGUCAGGAAGCAGGACGGAUGGGCACUAGACCGAGGACAGGACGUCUGCCAGUACAUGUAUGAAAGGUUGGAAGAAUGGAGCAAUGACUCAAUAGCUAAGGAGCUCAUGGAGCUAUGGUUUCAGGCAACUGAAACUGAAACGAUUAGGAACAACUUUCCAGUGAACUUGAGCCCAAAAAGGGAUGAACAGUGGCAGUACUUAUUCAGGAGCGUCGGUAGCUUAGUCCAUGGAAUGCAGUGUAGCAAGGACACAAAAAAGGCAAAUUCGUAUUAUGUGAGUUGUCUAGCUUGGAAGGAUGGAAACGGAUGUGACGUAGGGCAGGAUGACGAAGGAAGAGAAGCCGAGCAGGUGAGUAAUGGGCGCGCCACCACGGAGCGAAUUCUUUAA